CACUAACAAAACAGCUGUCAGUUUCGUCGUCAUCAGCAAUCUGUCAUUUCGGUUGACUGUUAUCUCUAUUUUUGUGCUAAAAAUAUAUAAUUGAGGAGUGAGAAAAACUUUCCUUUCUGUUUAUAGUACAUGACAAACUGUAAAGUGGCGUGAAUAAGUUUUCAACAAUGUCGAAAUUCGAGGAUAACCCGUUUAGUGAUCCAACCAUAGACAACCCGUUCGCAGACCCUGCGGUGCAGCAGGUUGCCAGAAGUACUAACAAUGCUACACGAGGUCUCGACGACUACAAUCCCUUCGAUGGCCAACAAAAUGCAAAUCAAGCUACGCCACAGGCACCGCAGCAGCCUUCGCAGCCAGCAAUCAUGCAAGCGGUGUCACCUCCAGUGAGUGGGCAAUACACACGGCCAGCUCAACCUCAACCACAGGCACAGUCCCAACCACCACAAAACUUUACUACAGCUGACUUUCAGAGAAGACAAGAGGAGUUAGAGAGAAAAGCUGAGGAGUUAGCGCGGAGGGAGGCGGAGUUGCGCGCUGGUUCUGCCGGCCGACGGAAUAACUGGCCCCCACUGCCUGCCUUCUGUCCCAUACAGCCAUGUUUCUAUCAAGACAUCAAUGUUGAUAUACCACUGGAAUUCCAGAGGAUUGUACGUCACCUCUAUCACCUAUGGAUGUUCCAUGCCUUGGUUCUCACACUGAACAUAAUCGGUGCCAUGUCACUGAUGUUCGCUGGUAACGGUUUCACGACGUUCGGCCUAUCAAUCCUGUACUUCAUACUGCUGACGCCCUUCAGCUUCGUCUGUUGGUACCGGCCAAUCUACAAGGCGUUCAGAAGCGACUCCUCAUUCAACUUCAUGGUGUUCUUCUUCAUAUUUCUGUUCCAAAUCAUCAUCACUGUUGUGCAGUCUAUUGGAUUCAGCGGUGGAGGUUCCUGCGGACUGAUCACCAGCAUCGGCGCUUUCAAAACGAACGUUGCAGUCGGCAUCAUCACUUUGAUGGUCACCAUUGGAUUUAUCAUGUGUGUCGUCGUUGAUGUCAUGUUAAUGGCUAAGGUUCACCGCAUCUACCGGUCAACGGGAGCGUCUUUGGCAAAGGCGCAAGCAGAGUUCACGACGGAGAUAUUGCGCAAUCAACACGUUCAGACAGCCGCCUCCAGCGCCGCGGCCGCCGCCGUCAACGCGCAGAUCGCUAACGCUAACCGGUAUUAG